AUGGCGUGUUGUUCAUGCUCUUAAUCGCUGAUUUUCACGAUCGUUUUAAUCACAUUAUUGUUUGCAGCUGUUACCAUAGAAGCUGUUAGAUAUGCUUGGCUAACUAUUUCACUUAUGUUUGGAAUUUUGUUAAUGAUUGGUAAUAUUUCAUUGUCUAUCUUAAAAUUAUAGAUUACAUGUUUUCUAAUGAAAAAGGCUUCAUGUAUGAUCCAGAUUAUAAAACUUGGAGAUAAAAAACUCACACAGAUGCAUGA